ACCCUUCGUCCUUCAUUUGAAUAGAACAAUUAAUGAGGAAGUUUGCUAAAAACCCUGGUUAAGCACAGUGGACAGAGCAGAGGCGCAAAGACCGACAACAGCCACGCAGAGCAUUUACCAAGCAUUUUUAGAUAAUCUUACAGAAGUCACUGCAUGUGCUCCAACUUCACCACAGAGAUGAGAUAAACCUCCAAUUGACGAGACUAAUGCUUGCCGUCUAACAAGCGUGCUGCACAGAGUGUGACACAAAAAUGACAGUAUUGCUUGCAUAGGCAUUCUGCAAGGUUCGUUGUGAGACUAACUCCCCCUUCAUCAUCACACUGUGCGUUUCCUUCUUGGCGCUCUAAACUGAUCAUCAGUGGAAGUACUCCCGAGCUGCAGCAGCCCAACUGUGACAUCCUUCCACUACACAGAGUGUGCUCAGGCUGGCUGGCUGCUGCACAGGCACCAUGGAGCAAAAAUCACCUAAGGAUGAGAGCACCGCCAAAGGACAAGAGUCUCUGUCCUACCAGCGGAGGAUGUGGAAGAAUUUCCAGGAGAAAACCAAGCCAUGGCUGAGUCCUAAACUGGGAUCGGAGCGUCGCGGUGCCGGGGGCGCGGAGGGCAGCAAGAAGGAAUCGGGGCUAUGGAUGUUUAAGAAGAAAAAGAAACAACUGGACCGCGUGUUCUCGUCGUCUCAGCCGAAUCUGUGCUGCUCUACGCCGGUGUCCUUUGAAGGAGAUAAGAAGUCAAUGGGAGGUGACGCGGUCCCCGGCACCAGCAAAGACGGACAGCCCCUGCUACAUACCCUUGGCGCAGCUUCUGGGGCCACAGGGAGCAAGCCUGAGCUGACUGCUCACGGAAGCCCCAAACUCCCCGUAUCCCAGCUGAUCACGUACCAGCAGAAGAGCUCUUCUCUCGGCUCGGCGUGCUUCGAGAAACUGGUAGUGGACCCGGCCGCGGUGGUGGGAGAGGAGGAGCAGCUGCGUAAAAACGCAAGUGAUUCUGGCAUCAGCAUUGUGGGGCCCAGUAAUGCAGAACACUCGCCUCGACCUCCUAGUCCAGCCAUGUACCAGCUGGACAUCAUCCUAAAGAAAGGGAACAACCUCGCCAUCCGAGAUCGGACAGGCACCAGUGACCCAUAUGUGAAGUUUAAGAUUGCAGGGAAGGAGGUGUUCAGAAGUAAGACCAUCCAUAAGAACCUCAACCCGGUGUGGGAUGAGAGAGUAAGCCUACAUGUGGAAACCCUGAGAGACCCACUAUAUGUCAAGGUUUUUGACUAUGACUUUGGACUUCAGGAUGAUUUCAUGGGCUCAGCGUACCUCUACCUGGAGUCACUGGAACAUCAGAGGACACUGGAUGUCACGCUGGAACUGAAGGACCCACAGUACCCUGAACAUAACCUGGGCAGCCUGGAACUAGCUGUCACUUUGUCACCAAAGGAGGGAGACGUGAGGGACGCUACCAUGCUUUUGAGAAGGAACUGGAAACGAUCUAGUAAGUAUCAGAGUAUGCGUCUGUCAGAUGUGCACAGAAAAGCCCAGCUGUGGCGAGGUAUAGUCAGCAUCAGUCUGAUAGAAGGUCGCGGCCUGCAGCCCAUGGACGCCAACGGCCUCAGCGACCCCUAUGUCAAAUUCAGGAUGGGGCACCAGAAGUACAAAAGCAAGACAAUUCCCAAAACGCUGAACCCCCAGUGGAGAGAACAGUUCGAUUUCCACCUGUAUGAUGAGCAGGGAGGCUAUGUGGACAUCACAGUCUGGGACAAAGAUGCUGGCAAGAAGGACGACUUCAUGGGAAGGUGUACCAUCGACCUGUCGCUCCUCAGUAAAGAACACACACACAAGCUGGACCUGCCACUGGAGGAAGGCGAAGGUGUGCUUGUGCUGCUGGUUACACUCACUGCCUCCGCUGCCGUUUCUAUCUCAGACCUGUCAAUCAACAUGCUGGACGACCCGCAUGAGAGACACCAGAUCAUGCAGAGAUAUAGCCUAUGGAGGUCAUUUCACAACCUGAAAGAUGUCGGUGUGGUGCAGGUAAAGGUCAUCAGGGCUGAGGGACUGAUGGCAGCAGAUGUCACAGGUAAGAGUGACCCGUUCUGUGUGGUGGAGCUGAGUAACGAUCGGCUGCAGACUCACACCGUCUACAAAAACCUCAACCCAGAGUGGAACAAGGUCUUCACUUUUAACGUGAAGGACAUCCACUCGGUUCUCGAGGUCACUGUUUACGACGAGGACCGAGACAGAAGCGCAGAUUUCCUGGGGAAAGUGGCUAUUCCUUUACUAAAUAUCCAAAAUGGAGAACGCAAAGCCUACGCCUUGAAAAGCAAGGAGCUGACAGGGCCAACAAAAGGGGUCAUCUUUCUCGAAAUAGACGUGAUUUUUAAUGCUGUGAAGGCUGGUCUCAGGACGUUGAUUCCCAUCGAGCAGAAGUAUAUCGAGGAGGAGCCCAGAGUGUCCAAACAGCUGCUGUUGCGCAACUUCAACCGAGUUAGGCGCUGCAUCAUGUUCCUUAUCAACACAGGCUGCUACAUCAACAGCUGCUUCGAAUGGGACUCUCCACAGAGGAGCAUCUGUGCUUUUGUGCUUUUUGUCAUCGUCGUGUGGAACUUUGAACUCUAUAUGAUUCCUCUGGCUUUGCUGCUGCCUUUGGCCUGGAACUACAUCCUCAUCGUGUCAGGGAAGGAUACCAGGCAAGACGUGCAAGCAAUGGAGGACCUGCUGGAGGACGAGGAUGAGGAUUUUGACAAAGAUGACAAGGACUCGGAGAGAAAGGGCUUCAUGAACAAGCUUUAUGCCAUUCAGGACGUGUGCAUCAGCGUGCAGAAUGCACUGGAUGAAGUGGCCUCCUAUGGCGAGAGGAUAAAGAACACAUUUAACUGGACUGUGCCUUUCUUAAGCUGGCUGGCCAUUGUGGCUCUCGGAGUGGCCACCACCAUCAUCUACUUCAUCCCUCUACGAUACAUUGUGUUGAUCUGGGGGGUGAAUAAAUUCACCAAGAAGCUGCGAGACCCUUAUACCAUUGACAACAACGAGCUGCUAGACUUUCUCUCCAGAGUGCCCUCAGAUGUACAAGUGGUGCAGUACCGAGAGCUGAAACUGGAUCCCAAUCCCAGUCCAAAUAAAAGGAAGAAAAACAACCCCGGGUAGAUGACUGUGUCCGCCCACCAACUCCUCUCUUCUCCACUUUUCUUCACUCUGUCUAUUACUGGACACUGAGGAGCAGAGGUAGACGGCUCUGGACCAGCUCAGCUCAACUGUCCUUCCCUUUUGUCUUUCCUAUUUUCUUCUCUUAACCCUUUUUUUCUGUCUAUAAUUACUCAUGAUGUACAGUACAGUUUCCUGAUGUGUAAUUUUGUAUAAAACAAGACAUGAAAUCCCAUGAAUUAUUAUCACCAUUAUGCUUUUGAUUGAUUUUAAAGGCGAGUGGGAAUGAUGGCUGGGAUGACCUUUUUAUCAGCCGUGUGAGCCACUCUCCUGGUUUCUUCUCUCCAUCACCCUGACAGCUUGGUGGACUCUGUCCAUUCGCUCGCCACAAGUGUCACACAAUGAGUACAAUGAAUUUGAACAUUUAUACUCACUGUCCCAAGAAGACAUAAUCAGUGCAUCCAUGUUUAUCAAAAUACGAGCCUUAUACUAACAUUCUGCGUUAUCAAUCUGCAAAGGACUUUUAAGUGUUUUUUUUCUCGUAUUGAACUUAUUAAAUGAGUUUGGUAAUAUGUUUAUAUUUUCUAAUUGUUUUUGUACUGAAGUAUCCUUUGUUUUCUUCCCCUCUUGGAUGUGGUAAUGAUGUUAUGUUCGCUGGCAGUAAUUUGGAUUGCCUGCACUUAACUCAGCCAGCCAAGUUGAUUAGCAAUUACAGUGGUAGCCUCCAGAUAUGUCCUUCUACACAAACACAAAACUGGACCAACAAGCUGAAGGCUUGUGGUGGUAUCUGUCUGUGCUUUCAAACAAUGCCCAAAUUAGCUUUUCUAAAGACUUGACUCCAAAACAAAAAAAUCAAACCACAGUGGACAGUGAUAUUAUUUUAAAGUACAGUGAGUCUGUAUUUCUUAAAAGAGAUAGUGAUUACAUAAUCAUCACUAAAUAUUACCCAGAGGAAAAAAGAACAAUACUGUUAAGAAUUAGACAGUUAGUGUUAUGCCCUAAAUAUUUAUCACUAUUAAAUGCCCAGAUAACUUAGCCUCCUUUAAAACAUGUCAAAACCUCUAUCUAUCAGUCAGUCAGUCAGUCAGACAGACAGUCAGUGAUCCACAUUCUCUGUCUGUCAGGAGGCGCAGCAGACUGGGCCUUCUGCUGUCGUGGUGUUAAUAUAGAUGUCACCCAGUCUAUGCAGAGUGUCGCCAGGCAGGCAGGCCUUUAGGCAGCCACAGCCCUAAUCUUGUUUGAAAGGCUGGUCUCCUUUCCUCUCAUCUCCCUGUGUGUUUGCCUCGGCGGCCACACACGAGAGCAUUCACGCAUGCACAAGCAUGCAGACACACACACACACACACACACACACACACACACACAAAAAAAAACACCCUCUCAC